UCAUGAAGAAGUUCCAGUUAUUUGUCAUUGCACUUUCGCUAGUCGCUCUUCACUUGACAGCGGAAACAUUUGCAUUUAAUCGACACCGGCGUGACGCUGAUGAUACCGAAACAACAACAACGACAGGGGAUGCCAGUUCAACGAGUGAAUCCACUUCGGAAUCGACAGAAACAACAAAAAGUUCAGACCCCGCAUCAUCCGAUUCUAGCACAACUAAAUCUGAUGAAACUACAACUAAAAGUUCGGACACCACAACAUCAGGUGAAACUACAACAAAAUCUUCAGGUAAUAGUGACAUCACAACGGACUCUUCAACCAAUGCCAGUACUACAAAAAAAGAUGAUGACACAACGACUACAUCAGGUAAUAGUGACACAACAACAACACCAGCAUCAACAACAUCAGAUAGCACAACAACAUCGGCAGCAAGUAGUACAGAUUCAACGACAACAACAACAACACAACAACCUUCUUCUUCGAGUUCAUCGACGAGCACCACAGAAGAACCAACGACAACAAGCACAACGACUCAGUCUACCACCGAGGAAGCAAGUACAUCGACAAGCACGACUGAGCAACCGACAACAACUUCUUCGACGAGUACAAAUGAGGAACAAACAACAACUUCUUCAACUAGCACGACUGAGGAACCAACAACCAAUUCUUCGACGAGUACGACCGAGGAACCAACAACAACUUCUUCUACUAGCACAACUGAGGAACAAACAACUACGACAGAGCAACCAACGACAACGACUGUACAAUCAUCAACCGUUACAGAUUUGAAGGACGAAGAUGACGAACUUGUGGGCGAUACUCAAACACCAAGUUGUUGGAGUACAACAACAACAACGACAACUUCAGCUCCUACUGUUGGCAAUGCCAAUGACCAAUCGAAUUGUGGAGAUUCUCAAACAACAACGACAGCUCCAGCUACUGUUGGCAAUGCCAAUGACCAAUGGAAUUGUGGAGAUUCUCAAACAACAACGACCACUCAAAAUCCAAAUGUUGGUGGCGCACAGCAAGAUGAUUGUGGAAAUCAAACAGCACCGGUUGGUUCACAAAACCCGGCACAACAAGAUCCGGCACAACAAAAUCCACAAAAUUCUGCACCACAAAAUCCCAAUUGUGAUCCUGGAACAUAUACCUACUUAUAUGCACAACCAGAUCCAAAUCAAAAUUCAGUUUAUUACCCAAACAAUGCACAGCCAGCAUACAAUCCAAAUGCCGUUCAACCGACCUACUAUCAACAAAGUGCUCCCAGCUAUAACUAUGCUCCACAACAAAGUGCGCCAAGCUAUUACUAUGUGUCAGCCCCCGCAUCGGCUCCAGCCGUUCCAUGCCCACCCGGUCAACAACAACAAAGUGCACCAAGCGCUCCCCAAAGUGUACCAAGCUAUAGCUAUAGCUAUCCAAGCGCUCCACAAAGUGCACCGAGCUAUUACUAUGUGUCAGCUCCAGAAUCGGCUCCCGCAGCACCACCGGCUCAACCAUGUCCACAGUAUAGCAACGAUCCAGAGAUCGAAUCACUUCUUCAAUAUACUUACAACAAUUAUAAUCAGUACCAACAAGCUCAACCCCAACAACCUCAGUAUCAACAAGCUCAAAGCCAGCCAGCACCUCAAUAUGUCGCAUGCUAAGCAUUCAACAUUACAUACCUUCAUUUUUCUUACAAUUUUCUUUCAAUUUUUCUAUUUUUAGCUGUAAGUUUUUUUGUGUCUUACUUGAGUAGAUUGAGAACGAAAAAAAAAAACAAAACUAGUUUUAGUGAGAUUACAUUUAGAGUGUCUUUAU